AUGGCAACGAUAUCACUCAACGUCAGCUACUUGAACCAGUCGAAAAAGCUUACUGUUUCCAAAUCCUCGUCAGUUUCUCAAUUAGUGUCUCAAUGUUUAACGGUGUAUAAGGUUGAUUCUUCGAGUUACAGGGGAGAGCUAUACCAUAAUGACAAAUUGAUAGACUUGGGAUUGCCAAUUAGGUUAACGAACCUAAUCAAUAAUUCCAAACUAGUUUUGAAGGUCAAGAAAUUGGAUUUGAACAAAAUGAUAAAUGUAAAAUUAAUCACUGAAAAGGGUUCUUUGGUUGACAAAUGUAAUGCAAAUAUACCAUUGAGUCAAGUGUUGAGCCAAUUUAAAGUGGAUACUUCGAAACCUACUCAGUUGCGAAUACUAAACUCGACAGUAAACUGGGCUAGAUAUCAAAGCACAAGUCUUGGCUCACUUUUAGGAGCUGCCGAUAGUGUUGCAAUGCGUUUAGAGUAUACAAGGACGACAAAGGAAGAAGAAGCUUACCAUAAGAAACAACAGGAAGCGGUGAAGUUGCAAAUCGAGCAAGAGAAAAAGAAAAGACAAAUUGAAGAGGAAAAGAGGAAAUUAGAAGAAAGGGAGAGGGAGAAGGAGAAGGAAAGGGAGGAGGAAAAGAGGAAAUUAGAAGAAAGGGAGGAAAAAGUAGCAGAAGCUCGUGCAGCAGCAAGUAAAGAGGCUGAAAUGGACACAGGGCUUGUUAAUGCCGCGCCUACAACUGAGGAUAUCGAAAUGAUAGAAGGGGAAGAAAGAGUAGGAGUGGGAAAAACUUCAACAACAAAGGGAGAGAUUUCACGUCUGGAAGCCACGUCUGCUUCAUUUGUGUACCAAGAAGAAGAACUCAAAGAAACACCUCAAUUGUAUGUGCCUUCAGAUAAACCACAACCGUCAUACGAAAAUCCUGAUGAAGACUAUCAUGUGACUGUGCAUCAAGUAAAAACGUAUCAAAAUGCCAUUCGGAAUUCUGCACAAAGAACCAAAAAGAAUCCCAAUGGUGGUGGUAAAAUACCACCUAGAUAUUUAAUCAGGAUCAAAUUCCCCGAUGGAUCAAUGCUUCAAAUAAAUUUACUUGAAAACGUUUCCGAGAUCAAGUUUGGGAACUUAAUCAAGAAAAUAGAUGAAUUAUUGCUACCACAAUUUAUUGACAAUUAUAGUUUGAAAAUUGGAUUCCCACCAUUCACCAAAUUGAACCAGUCGUUUACUUUGAACCAAGAGUAUCUUUACAAACUACCCGAUUUCCAAAAUGAACAAAUCAUUUUGAUUUGGGAGUUAAGCAAGAACAGUUUGAAUAAGAAGGGGCCCUUUUUGAAUAGUAAUAGCAAGGAUUUAGUAAUCAAACAAAGCGACGAGUUGCCCGAACGAAUUUUAGAGAAACACAGAAGUGAAUUGCCUAGUGAUACCUCAAGCGGAAAACAAAGUAGUAGACCUAAACUGGCCUUAUCGAAUGAAGAGGAUAAAAAAGGUAAGCAUAAGUUGAAGAUACCAAAAUGGAUGAAGAUUAAUAAAUAA